GCCGGAGCAUGGCUUGGGGCGAGCUCGGGCUGCUCCGCUGGCUGCGGGAGAGCCGCCAGUCCCGCAAACUCAUCCUGCUCAUCGUCUUCAUCGCGCUGCUGCUGGACAACAUGCUGCUCACCGUGGUCGUGCCAAUAAUUCCCAGUUACCUUUACAGCAUCGAACACCAGAAAAAUGCCACAGAAAUCCAGACUGCUAAACCCAACCUCCCCUCAGCAACCAUGGACAAUUUCCAGAGCAUCUUCUCCUACUACGACAAUUCCACCAUGCUCACUGGAAAUGAAUCUGACAAGACAGAGCCUGCAGAGUUGCAUCAGACCCAGACAGAACCAAUGGUUGUCAGGGUGACUCCCUCCCCCUCUGACUGCCCCAAGGAUGACAAGGAGCUGCUGAAUGAGAACGUCCGCGUCGGCCUCUUGUUUGCUUCUAAAGCAACAGUGCAGCUGAUGACCAACCCCUUCAUAGGGCCUCUGACUAACAGAAUAGGCUACCAGAUCCCACUGUUUGCUGGCUUCUGCAUCAUGUUUGUGUCAACAAUCAUGUUUGCCUUCUCUGGAAGCUAUGCACUACUAUUUAUUGCCAGGUCCCUGCAAGGAGUGGGUUCCUCUUGUUCUUCUGUGGCAGGGAUGGGAUUGCUUGCCACUGUUUACACGGAUGAUGAAGAGAGAGGCAACGCGAUGGGAAUUGCCCUUGGAGGCCUGGCUAUGGGAGUGUUAGUGGGCCCCCCUUUUGGGAGUGUCAUGUAUGAGUUUGUGGGGAAGAGCUCUCCCUUCCUGGUGCUGGCAGCCCUGGCUCUGUUUGAUGGAGCUGUUCAGUUACUUGUCCUGCAGCCCUCCAGAACACAGGCAGAAAGUCAGAAGGGGACACCUUUACUGACACUUCUGAAGGACCCGUAUAUCAUUAUUGCUGCAGGCUCAAUCUGUUUUGCAAACAUGGCUAUUGCUAUGCUUGAACCAGCUUUACCCAUCUGGAUGAUGGAGACCAUGUGCUCAAAAAAAUGGCAGCUUGGCGUUGCUUUUCUUCCAGCCAGCAUCUCUUAUCUCAUUGGGACGAAUCUUUUUGGGAUACUUGCACACAAAAUUGGAAGGUGGCUUUGUGCUUUGCUCGGGAUGCUAAUCGUGGGAAUAAGUAUUUUAUGUGUACCGUUUGCUAAAAACAUUUAUGGGCUCAUAGCACCAACUUUUGGAGUUGGAUUUGCCAUAGGGAUGGUGGACUCCUCCAUGAUGCCAAUCAUGGGCUACCUGGUGGAUCUGCGCCACGUGUCAGUCUAUGGCAGUGUGUAUGCCAUAGCUGACGUUGCCUUUUGCAUGGGUUUUGCCAUAGGUCCCUCUGCUGGUGGUGCCAUUGCCAAGGCCAUCGGAUUCCCAUGGCUCAUGACAAUUAUAGGAAUUGUGGAUAUCAUCUUUGCUCCCCUGUGCUUUUUCCUUCGAAGUCCACCUGCCAAAGAGGAGAAAAUGGCAAUACUCAUGGAUCACAACUGUCCUGUGAAAACAAAAAUGUACACCCAGAACAACAUCCAAUCCUACCCCAUAGGUGAAGAAGAGGAGGAAUAUGAAAGUGAUGAAUAACAGAAAAGCCAUAUAACAUAUUUAGGUGUACAAAAUGCUGUGGUUCAUGUGAAACAUCUCAUCCAGAAAU